AUGGCUCCUCGCGAGGAGCUUGUCUCCUCUGCUGUUUCCUUUCUACAGGAUCCUUCUGUAGCUUCAUCACCCCUUGAGAAGAGAGUCGCAUUCCUUCAAUCAAAGAACCUUACACAGGAAGAGAUCGAUCUCGCUUUAUCCCGCGCCGGUGAAGACUCGUCCGCUGCUGCCUCUGCUGUCGCCUCAACGCAAGGCUAUCAACCUUCCACUCAAAACGCUGUCUACCGUCCCCCCCCUCCACCACCAGGGUAUGGCUACCCUCCUUAUGGCCAAUGGCAGGCCCCUCCAGAACCCCCCAAGAGGGACUGGCGGGAUUGGUUUAUCAUGGCUACAGUAGUCGGAGGUGUGGGAUAUGGGUUAUACACCGUCACAAAGCGGUACAUUGCGCCAUUAAUCGCCCCUCCUACACCACCCCAAUUAGAACAAGACAAGAAGCAUAUUGAUGAGCAGUUUUCUCGCGCCUUUGCUCUAAUUGAGCAACUUUCGACAGAUACUGCGGCAUUGAAGUCAGCGGAAGAAGCGCGCACAGAGCGGCUGGAUGCAGCGCUCCGGGAAGUUGAAACCCUGGUGGCCGAUCUGAAGACCGCUUCUCGCCGACGUGAUGACGAAACCCGCCGCAUCAGCGAUGAGGUUAAAUCAUUGAAGGACGCCAUCCCCAAGGCUCUUGAGGGCGCUCGGGAAGGAAACGAAACCCGGUUGAAGGAGCUUGGCACUGAAUUGAAGAGCUUGAAGACUUUGCUUGGUAACAGACUCAGUGGCAGCGGUGCAUCCAGCGCCCCUGUUGCUGGAAGGACUAUCAGCGCAUCAACUCUGCCCAGCGUUGCUCGGCCCGCGGAGGAGGCGUCGCCGGCUACCACUCCCGCUACUACCAACGGCGUUACGGCUACUCCUACUACACAAGGAUCGCAGCCCUCCCCAGCACAGCCAGGCGUCGGCACGACCACCGGCGCCGCGGCUAGUAGCCCUCUUGCGCAAUUUGGCCGAGGCGCCUCCAUUCCUGCCUGGCAGAUGGCUGCUGCCAACCGGUCGAAGACCACUACUCAGUCAACGACGACGCCCGCAGGAGACAGCUCUUCUGACAGUAAGGAGCAACAGAGCGCUCCAGCCAGUUGA